AUGGACUGUCGAAAGGAGGGGUGCGCUCAACCUCAGGACGAGGACAUUAUGGACAUUCCUCUAGAUGACCCCGCCGCGAACAAGGCGGCUACAAAGAUUCAGGCCGGCUUUCGGGGUCACAUGACCAGAAAGAAGAUGAAAGACGACAAGCCAAGAGAAGAGAAACAACGGGAAAAGAAGUAG